AUGAACGAGAUUAUCGAGGAUGUUAAACGAGAGGGAGUAGGAUACCGAAUGGCUCACAAAUCUUUGAAGAUAUUGUGUUAUGCAGAUGAUGCCGCAACAUCAGAUAAAACACAAUCUAUCAUCAUAUCUAAAAAAACCAUCCGUUGUAAGUUGAUGAAGUUUGACUAUCUUGGCGCGCAAAUAUCUAGCAGCACGAAUCUGAUCGAGGAAACGCGGGCAAAUACAAUGAAGGCGUCGAGAAUAUCAGGAAGCUUGCGAGACGUCAUCCGAAACAAUAAAUUCAUGUCAACUGAGAGUAAAGUCAGAAUCUACAAGACUUGUGUGAGACCAAUUCUUGCGUAUGCAUCGGAAACUCGAGCGGAAACAUCUAGAACGAAACAAGUAAUGAGGUGCGCCGAAAUGAAAACGCUAAGAACAAUCAAAGUUGUAACACUAAGGGAUCAAAUACGGAGCAGUACCAUAAGAGAAGAAUUACAGGUGGACGAUGUAGUUAAAUGGGUGGGAACAAGAAGACGACAAUAG